AUGAUUCGAGUACGGAAGUCGCUCCGAAGUCGAGCGGCUCGGCACCUGGUAGAAAAAUCUGACAGUAACAGACGGCCUGUAACUUCCCACGUUACCGCGCAAUCUCUCCCUUAUGAAUUGGUACUGCUUAUCCUGAGCUACGUGUUGGCCCCAUCUCAAUGGCAAACGGACACGACGGACCCUCGUACAGCACUCCCGACCGCCCUCGAGGAGGCGCGGUGGACCGCGCGACAGGACCAGGCCACCCUCUGCUUACUCCUCUCCGUCUGCAAGAACUGGUACUGUUCCGCCAUCGACCUGCUCUACCGCGCGCCGGUCCUGAAGAACCUCGCACAAGAAUCCGUCCUCUCCCGUACGCUGCGCGCGAAGCCCGAACUGGCGCAGCUGAUGCGCUCGCUCGUCCUCGUAGACUACACCCGCUAUAUGUCGCGCUCGUGGGCAUACGCCACACGCGACCGCGCGCGGUACGCACGGAAGCUUGGGGCGCUGAUCGAGGCGUGCCCGGCGGCAGAUGCGUUGACGUUACGUAUCCCGGCGUUCGAGCCUCCCCUCACAUUGCGCUCGCUGCAUGUCCCCGCGCGGCUGGCGCGGCUCACGAAGAUGACGCUGAUAGGCCAGGAUACGUGGUUCCUCUCGCCACCGUACUUCGGGUCCCCCCUGGAGCUGCCUGCCCUGCGGGAACUGUGUUUGCUGCACAUGCAGAUUCGCGAGGACCUCGAGUGGCCAUCGAUGCCCACCCUGCGCGUCCUGCGCACCAGCCACUGCGCCGCGAUGGGCGUGCUCAUCCCCGCAAAGCUUCCCUCCCUGCGCGAGCUCUCGCUCACGGAGUUCGGUGUCGAAUGCAUAUCCCGAACCUCAGCGCUCGUGCGCGAGAAGUACGCCGCGACGCUCGAGCGCGUGAAUAUCGGCGGGCUGGGCGCCGCGGCGUUCUCGCGCGCGUUGGACUUCAGUGCCUUCACCGCGCUGCGGUCGCUCACCCUUGUUCCGGAUACGAGGGACGGGCUGGUAGUAGGCGAGCUGCCUGAUAGCCUAGGGGCCGCACCGCGUGUGGAGUCCCUUACCGUCGGGUGCAUACACCGGGACGCGAUGGGGACGCGGUAUGCAGAAGCAAGGCUUGCCGAGAAUCUAGUAAGGACAGUGGGCACAAUGCGGGCGUUACGAAGGUUGGUUGUCGCGGGCGAUUCGCGAGUGUGGGAGAAGAAGGAGAGGGGGGCAGAUGUGACUAGGAUUGAGAUGCUGGCGGACGCGUGCGCGUCUGCGGGUGUGGAACUGGUCAGUAUUGUGGUCCCGAGUGUCCCGCGAGAGACAACACUGCUACCCGAUGUUCCAAACGGCGAUCACCUAUGUACACUAUGUAAGAAGGAAUCCACACUCGAUCACCUUCCACCGCAUGAGAGCUACCGAUGGCGCAAGGCGUUCAACCAUCACUGUGAGAUUCGCUCGCAUGGCACAGCAUAUUUCUUCUCUAUCGUGGAGCUCCUCAAGGACCUCGCACAGGUAUCUACCCUUCGCCGCGCGCUGCCGGCUAACCCUGGCCUUGCCCCCCUCGUUAUCUCCGCGGUCCUAAUGAAUGAUACUGGCAACCACUAUGAAUACUCGUGGUUCAUAGUCGGUGCCUUAGCCAUUUUUUAA